CCUAGCCAGCACCAGCCGUACCUGGAUCGACCCAAGCUGUUAGUCACGGGGGAAACGCCUUCAGGGCCCAAGCCAACGAUAAUGAUGUACUCGCCAAGGUCCUUUCCUUACCUCCAGUCAUCUCCACCACGCAGUACAAGAUCAAAGUCCGAGAAGAUGGGCACGCGAGCGCGAGCCAGUCCUUCACCGAGAAGUGUCAUGCCUGUCACAGUGGAAACCAACACGCAAUCUAUGAACAAGAAUAUGUCGAUCUCGAAUAUCGAAGCCGCUACCACCCAACCUGUCGUCAUCCCGCCUCGAACACCUCUCAAGUCAGCAACUUCGACACAGACUGUGAGAAUGAGAGGACAGAAUGGAGGCAGACCUGCACGCAACUCGCAGAGCCAUGAUGCCAAAGCCCUACCACCGGCCGUUGCAGCCUUGCUAGCCGUUACCGCCAUUCCCAAGAUGCCCACCCGCCGACGACCACGUACUACAACCGACAGGAGGAUAUCCAUGGACGAGUUGAUACAGGAGUGGAAGCAGGACGAUCCCGACACUCCGCCUUCACUUGUCGGCUCGCCCAUGGACCUGCUACUUGGUCGCGUGGACGAAUCCGACGAUGAAUAUAACAGCGUCUUGAGCAUGGAGCACGAGAAGGGCUCUUUCCUGACCUCAAGAUCCAUCUCGAGCGACUCAAUAUCCACUAUGCCGCCUUCUUUGGAUUUCGAGGACCCGUCGUUCGCAUCACAUUGGGACAACCUCAGUACGCCAGAUUCGCUUGGCAGGAAGUCACUGCCUGAGCGCCGAGAGAAGGUUGUCUCAUCACCACCUAAAGAAGAUUGCAUACUGGACCACCCGCUGCUACAUUUUGGUCCUGAUGAAUGCGAAGACAUCGUCUCGACAAGCAUUAGCGAACCCGUCACUCCGGUGUCUUCGAACGAGCGGUUCCGGUCAUUCAAGUCGAACUUGACUGCAUCACUUCAAGCGCUCAAGUCCGCUGCGAAAUCGUUUUCCAACUUCACAGCUCCCAGUGUUCCGCCAGAUGAUUUCCUUACUCGGUCGUUGCUGGCACCCAACUACACAAGCGAGAUGCGACCAAAACACGUCGAAGGUCUACCGUCACCAGAACUACGACGAUACCUCAACCCACAGCCUGCGCCAAUCUCAGCGACUGAGUUGUCAAUGCACCUCCACGACUCUCUCACUCUCGAUGCCGACGCCGAACCCCACGCGCCGAUGAUCCAAAUGCAGACUUACGAACGCCGAGGUCGAUCGCAAAAGUCGCGCCGGAGUCGCGCCACGGAUCCCUUUUCCGAAGCAGGACGAGUCCUUUCCAACGACGCACCUACCGUCCGGCAGCGCGAGCCUCGCGAGAACAGCGACUUUCUGCGUGUCAUUGUGCUCGAAAUGAACAUGCGCCGCGUGGGCAAGCUCGACACAAAGGCCGUCGGCAAGGCACGUAUUUGGUUACCGCCAAGAAAGCCCGGGUCUAGCAAGGCACCUUCCGUUCACAGCCCAAGCGGUGUGCCGCUUAGAUGGACUCCUGUUGCCGUGUGAAUGCACCAUGGUUAGAGAGUUCCCAUC